AUGAAGAGAACUCGUGAUGAUAAUGAAGAGUCAUCAGAGUUACCACCUAUAUCACCUUCAACAAGCUCACCAACAUCUAUUGCACAUUUGACAUCUCCAAUACCACCACCCACAUCAUCACCACCAAACACCACCACUCUGCCUAAAAUGAGCUCGAUGUUCACAUUGCCAUCGCCGGCAUCACAGGCAUCCGAGAGAGAGAGGGAGCGCGAAAGAGACCGCGAGAGAGAGCGUGAGAGAGAGAGAGAACGCGAGAGAGAGCGCGAAAGGGAGCGAGAGAGAGACCGCGAGAGAGGCGGUGCCGGUGGCGGCGGUGGCGACAGGGAUCGCCAGGACAGAGGAGAGCGCGAGCCACCAAGAGAGAGACUGCCAUCACCUUACUCACCAGUCGAGGAGAUGAAGAUGGCUCCCAAGAGGAUAUCGCCAAUCAUCGAUAUGCACCAAUCGCCCAUCCAACACUUUGGCUCGCCACCCCAUCGCGAGAUGUCUACACCGACCACUCUUCCGCCAAUCCACGCCGCCGACUUGCCCGGUGCCAAGACUCUCGAGUCUGGUCCGAUUGGCAUGCCGCGUCAGCUAGGCGGCAUGCCUCCCGGCGGUCCGAUGCAUUACUACAGCAUGUUGUCGCCUCCACACGGAAUGUCGCAGCCCCACCAGGGCACCGGCCUCGCCAGCAUCAACAGCCUCACCAAUCCAUUGCCACCUGGUCAGCAACAACCACGCGGAUUUGGCUUGCCCUCAAUCCCAUCACCAUCACAACAACAGCAGCAGCCUCAAGCGCCACCCCAGCAGCCACAGCCACCACCUAUGCAACAACAACAGCAACAGCAACAACAGCAACAAGAGGUGACUGAUUCGCCAUCGCCACAACCUGCUGGACAAGGACAGCAACCACAUCGACAGGCUCAGUUUGACAAUGCCUUCCACUUCCUCGAGCAAGUCAAACUCCAAUUCUCCAAGCAGCCCAAGAUAUACAAUCAGUUCUUGGACAUUAUGAAGGAUCUGAAGGCUCACAAUAUUGAUACACCAGGUGUGAUUCAAAGAGUCACAGAGCUGUUCAAGGGCCAUCGUCAUUUGAUCUUGGGCUUCAACACAUUCCUCCCACCUGGAUAUAGAAUUGAGAUGCCUGAGGAGGACUCAAGACCACCUACAUUCUCCGUGCCUUCACCAACCUCUCAGCAACAACAAGCACAACAAGCAGCACAACAACAGACACAACAAGCACAGCAGCAGGCUCAGCAACAGGCGCUGCAACAACAGGCACAACAGCAACAGAUGCUGCAACAACAGAUGCAACAGCAAGCUGCUCAAAUGAAGCAACAACAGUUGAUGCAACAGCAACAGCAGGCCCAGAUACAGCAGCAGGCCGCAAUCAAGCAGCAACAGAUGUUGCAACAGCAGCAGCAACUCCAGCAACAGCAGCAGCAACAGCAUGCACUCUACCAGCAGCAGCUGAUGCAUCACCAACAGGUCCAGCAGCAACAGCAACAGGCCAUGCGUGGCGGUGAGGCUGUGCGCAAACAGAACGAGCUGGACCAUGCCAGGAACUACGUCAAGAAGAUCAAGGACCGCUUUGCCAACCAGCCACACGUCUACAAGCAGUUCCUCGAGGUGUUGCACAACUACCAGCGCGAGCAGCAGCCCAUCAGCGAGGUGUAUGAGCAGGUAGCCGAGUUGUUCAAGUCGCACUCUGACCUGCUGUCAGAGUUCACUCAGUUCCUGCCAGACAACAGUCAGCAGGCCCAGCCCAUCAUGGGCCAGCCGUCCGCAGGCAUGGGACACCCCAUGGCGCCACAACAACAGCAACAACAGCAGCAGCCCACCACUCAGCCAAUGAUCGUCAAUCAAUCGUCAUCAGCCAGUAAGGCAAGCAAGCCACGUAUGUCCCAUCAACAGAAGGCGGCCAUGCAACAACAGGCCAAGGGGCAACAGCCCCAGAUGGGUGAGAUGCCCUCGAUGGACAGGAUGGUGGGUGAGCGAUUCGACAAGGCCAACAACAUGUCUGUGCCCCAGCCACCGAUGGACUCCAAGUCUGGCCGCGAGAAGAGAAAGUCCAAGAAGGGUGAGGACCGUUCGGACCACCACGACCGCGAGCGUGAGCGUGGCUCAGGCAACGAGAUCCAGCACGAGGAGGUGGACUUCUUCCACAGGGUCCGCGUGGGCGUAGCCAGCAACCGUCUCUACAAUGAGUUCCUCAAGUGUCUCAACCUCUUCAGUCAGGAUAUCAUCACGAGGACUGAGCUUGUACUCCUGGUCAAGGACAUCCUGCUGCCCAGGCAGCCAGUGCUCUACGAUUGGUUCAAACAGUUCAUUGGCAUCGACGAGCAGACCAUCGAGCAGAUUGAGCGCCAAGAGGCUUCGUCACCCUCCAAGCAGCCCUACUCUGAGGUUGACUUCUCGACCUGCAAGAGGCUUGGUCCAUCAUACAGAGCACUUCCAAAGAAUUAUCCUCCAUCAAAGUGCACUGGAAGAACAGAGCUCAGUGCAUCGGUACUCAAUGAUGUUUGGGUAUCAUUCCCCACAGGCAGUGAGGACUAUGGCGCAGAGAAGAGCCAGAGGAAGAACCAGUUCGAAGAGGUGUUGUUCAAGUGUGAGGAUGAGAGAUUCGAGCUAGACCUCAUCAUCGAGUUGAACGCCUCCACCAUCAAGGAGUUGGACCCAAUCUAUAAGCAGUUGGCCGCGAUGACAGAGGUGGAGAGGAUGAGCUACCGCAUGUCCACACUGGACAUCCUGCAUCAUCGUAGCAUUGAGCGUCUCUAUAACAACAGAGGCAUGGAGAUGAUCGCCCUCAUGUACCAGAACCCCUAUGGCACCCUGCCCGUCAUUAUCAAGCGACUCAAGCAGAAGGAUCUUGAGUGGACCAAGGCCAAACACGAGUGGAACAAGGUCUGGAAGGAGACCACCGAGAGGAACUACUACCGAUCACUCGACUACCAAAGCACAUACUUCAAGCAGGCCGAGAAGAAGACUCUGCAGCCAAAGUCAUUGAUGGCAGAGAUUCGUCAGAAGUACACAGAGAAGCUCAAGGAGAAGGAAGACUUGGGCAAGAGGAGAUCAAAGACCUUGGUACCAAAGCCAACACCUUAUCACUACCUCUACCACAUGGUGGACUACAAGGUGUGUUCGGACAUCUCCAAUCUUAUCCAAUUCGCAGCGGAGAAGCUCAAUCAGAACAAGCAGGACCUCGAGAAGAUUGAGAACUUCUUGAACUUCUUCUUGUUGUCAUUCUUCUAUCUCAAGGAUGACAAGUCAGCCAAGGCUGCUCAGAAGGCUCAGGCACAAGCACAGGCCAACAAGGACACAGAGGAGAAGAAGGGCGAUGUCGAGAUGAAGGAUGCCGAUCAGGAGAGCGAGUCGGACAAAGCAUCGACAAAUGGUGGUGAACACAAGUCUAAGGAGAAGGAGAAGGACACAGAGAGCUCAGAGCCAUUCAAUCUCAUACUUCCAAAGAACGUGUCAGAGAAGGAUAAGCGAGUGUUCUAUGGCAACAACACAUUCUACAUAUUCCUGCGAUUAUACCAGGUGCUGUACGAGCGUCUGUACAAGUCGAUGGAGUUGGCCGAGGCAGCCAAGCUUGCGCACUGGACGUCCAAGCCCAACAUCACCCGCUUCCCAGGCACAAACGACUCUGUGGACGGCAUCGAGGAGGUGAUCAUCUCCGAGUCAGAGCUCGACGAGCACGAGCGCUACAACAGAUUCAUCAAGUGUCUGAAGGAGCUGCUGGCUGGCAACAUCGACAUCUCUGCUUACGAGGACACAUGCAGGUCCUAUCUGGGCAUCUCAUCAUACAUCAUCUUCACACUGGACAAGCUCAUCAAUCAGAUCGCCCGUCAGCUGCAGACGUUGCUCACCAAUGAGAACUGUCUGAAGCUUCUCUACUUGUUCACGGUGGAGGUCAAGCAGCCCAAUGGAUGGAAGGACACUCUCUACCACUCCAAGGUCAUCGAGAUGCUGGGAAGCAAGGAUGACCGCAUCUUCCUGUUUGAGUUCGAGACCAAGAAGCCAGCCUUGGGCGCAUUCACCAUCCAGCUGAUGGACACAACCACACCAGAGAUGUUGAAGAACGCUGAGCUUGAGAUUGCCAAGUCCGAGAAGGAGAUGGCCAACGCCGAGUCGGAGAUCGCUGCUGCCAGACAGUACGUCAACGACUUUAAGCAGUUGGACUCCAACAUUGACCCACGCGCAUACAAGGUCUUCUUGCUGAGAAACAUCCCAAAGAACCUCUCGCUGGACGACUCGAUGAAAGAGACCAUCAACGAGGUUGGUCUCGAGUGUCGCAUCUGCACACAGACAUUCCGUCUGUUCUACGUCGAGGACACUGAGGACUUCUUCUACCGCAAGGGCAAGCUGGAGAGAUCGAGACAAUACAAGGGCAAGAAGUUGGAUCUCGACAGGAUCAAGCAGGUGGGCAACCAAACAGCAUCUGCAACAGCAACAACAACUUCAGGUGAUGGUGAGUCAAACAACAACAACAGCGACAGCAGUGAAUCAAAGAAGGACUGA